CUUCAACUUUGGCCACCACCAUCUUCACGGACUCGACGCGGCCAGAGCUGUAUGAUGUCCGGAAAGACGUUAGAACGUUCUGACCUCAUUGAUGUGUCGUAUUCUCAACUGCACGAUUUCUUGUCUGGACGCCUUGAGGGCACAUCUCCAGAGCAGGUCAAGGGAUAUCUGGCGCCAAGAGUCGACCAGUUGAAGCUACUCAAAGAUCCUUUUGGAAAACCCUCCGAGGCAUCGCGGAAACGAAUUCAGAGUGGGACAGUGACUUUGAGCGAUGGCGUGGUGUUCCAUUUGGAGGAUUCUGAUAAGGAUUACAUUCUUGGAAUCAGCGAUGCGUUCAAAAUCGACGAAGUCAAUGCAUUUAUUCUUCUGCGAUCAUUCAUGUACAACCAAGGACUACCUGCCACAGACAUGGACGAGUUUUUGGUGGAAGCAUGCGUCGAGGCCAUUACCCCCUUCUAUCUCUCGGAACGUAUCGCCAUUUUCCGCGUUCUUAUACCUCUUUUCCGCGCCAAAGAAGACCCUACCGAUCCUGCAUUCGAGAUUUCACGCAUAUUCCUGGGCAAGAUAAUUUCUGAUGGCCCAAAAUUUGUCGAGUCUCUUCUGACGGAGUAUACUCGUAAAACGAAGGAGAGAAUUGAUGAAAGGGUAACAAUAGACCCAAGGACGGCGUCUAAAUGGGCGAAACAGAAUAUGAAGGAGCAGCUUGUCAUGUUGGAGGUGUUGUUUUGGACGAUGUGGGGGUCAGUUGCCUGUGACGGUUCGACAGUGGAGAAGAUUUUCACCUCCGCUUACACGACGAAUCUUGGUACUACACAACAGAAUGCAGCUCUAUUGCUGGACGAGGACGCCCUCCAGCUGAAACAAGACAUCACGUCUCUUUGGAUUCUUAUAACCAUCGAAGUUCUCGAGCUGGAGACAUUAGCAGAUGCCGGCGUCGUUGAAAUAUCCGAUACUCCUUCACGAACUGACUUAUAUACCUCAUCCCCUACAUCGCUCGAGCGAAUCCAUGAUCUCGUUAUGUCCAAUAACGGUGAUGAUUUCGCAUGUACCUAUCUGGCAUGGACCUCCGUCGUCUCUCGUGUAUCGGCAGUGGCAGGUGAAAUCAAGGAGAUCCCCGACUCUUAUCGUCCGUUUUUAGACUCCCUGGUACCCCAAACGAAUCGUUAUUCCAAGGACCGUGAACCAACACAUGUUAUGAUGAUGAAAGCAUGCUUGUCACCCAAUACUGGUUUAUUUCGACUUAUGCUAAAUUUGCUCACUACAAUGCCCUUGUUCGUCACCUCCGUUGCUAUGAAGACAGACUCGUCGGUCACAGACACGAACGCUAUUGCAUUCAGGUCUGUUUUCAAGGGGCUUAUCAUUGCUUUACUCGACCUCACCUCUGUGGAAAACAUUCCGGACUUUGACUCUUUCGUCGAGGUGUGGAUAGCACUAUUUGGGCGAAGUGAGAGUAGAUCGGUGGCUGGUAUAUGCAGCCAGUACUGGCAGUUUGACUGGGAGUACGGGCCAGCGCGUCGCGCUAUAUUCGACGUAGCCCGCUCUCGAUUCCCAAUCCAAGUCAGGCCCUUGGUUCGUUUGGCCAGAGCGAUGACUGCUUCAGGAUUCUUGGACACUGACCCACUUUGUACACCGGAUGAAACACAGGCUGUUUUCGGGCUUACAGGAGACAGAGACUUAUGCGAUCGUCACGUCUUCUUCUUCCUCGAAAACUUACCGACAUACUCUCAGGGUCCCAGAGAGAUAUGGGAUCUUCGUCGUCACUGGGUCUGUCUUACACCAAUUCGAGGCCUAUCGUCCUUCCUGGAGGCAGCAUACUACCACCCUGGAUCUAUAGGCCGAGUGCUCAGUGGUGAUGGAGGCGAGUUGCUUGCGGUUUGUUGGAGUCAUCAACAUUCCGGUUGGAAGCUGAUGCUCGACAUAUUGGCUGAUUAUGUCAAACGCCGAAAUGCGUACCUGGGUGCUAGAAAAGCUCCACGUCCGUUACCGUCUGAUCGUCAUUCCCCAUUUCCUCUGACUAUUGAAGACUCUGGCCUGGAAAUGGAUGGCGGAAUCGACGAAUCUCUGAUAACGGAUAUUUUGGAUCUCAUACGAAGUCUCAUUCAAGAUAAUCCUACCCAAGCAGAGCAGCUCUUACAAUCACUCGAGGCCGAUCUUACCAUGACGAUCCUCGAGGAGACCUUCACAAGCAUCAAUCAGCAUCCCAAAUCCGCUCUUCCGACGCAACUCAUAACAUCGGCCAUGAGUGUGCUCGCAGCUAUCCUCGCUAUUCCUCGCUACUCCACUCGUGUUUGGAUCUAUAUGAGAUCAACAUCGGUCCUUUUCGGGGCAGGACGGUCACUGGGGUCGAUGUUCGCGGCAUUGGCUGCAGAGCGAACUAUUGGUCGUUAUACAGUGACCCUCGCUCUGUUGCAUCUCGCCCAGCAGCUGUUCCAUGAUGCCACAACUUUGGUUAUCCCGGAUGAUCCACAUGUUCGCAAGUUGAAGGCUGAAGUACUUCUUCGAGCCACUGAAUUCAUUCAUAAUGAGAUAUGGGUGGAGCAUCUUGGAUGGCGAUAUGCCCGUGUCGGUGAUCGUUUCGACAUCGGUAGACAUGUGGCGUCUCUCUUCGUCAAAGUCCUGGAGCAUACACCAGAAGCACCAGAAGAUGGUCCGUUUGUCGGCUUAAGCCGCGCGGUUUUGGAUUUGCUCCUGGGCAAGGCAACAAAUUCUACCAUUAUCCCUUUGGUCUCAUCUAUCACCGCUGGAAGACAUAUGCUUCAAAGCCUAUAUGCAUCUCGUCGAAAGGCUGAUGCCAAAAGGGUGAUUCUUCUCCUUGAAUCUCAGCUUCGGCUGAUACGUCUGAUUCUGAAUCGGAAGCGUACGUCGCCAAAACUUUGCUUGUUAGAACAAGUUCUUUGCUCUCGGGUCACCGAUGGCACUGCUUCCGAUCCCUAUCAAUCAAGGGUAGAACCCAUCGACGUCUUAGCAUCAUAUGUCAAAGAACGCGAUAUCGGCAGUCUCGUCCCCAUCGAAGCCAUUCGCAUUAUGUCUUGUCUCUGCGACUCCCUAUCCUCUCAAACAUCGGUGCCAACUAUCGUAGGGCAUUUGACGGAUCCCGAGGCAACAGCGGCAUCCCUCGUACGUAUCGUGCAGCAUCCCUACGAGGACUUAUCUUUGCGAUUUGAGGUCUGGAACUUCAUCGCCAAAGCGAUGAACACAGAACCGGCCUUAGCUAAGGUCUUUGUUGUGGGACAGUUCCGCACUCCAAGUGACAUCAAAGGCAAAGGAAAGGAAACUGAUGCCAAAGCUCCCCCGGUCACAAGUGCAAUUGAUGUUGCUCGUGAAAUGGUUGAAAACUGGCAAGGGCUAUGGGAACACAAUCCUCAACUGCUCUCCUCUAUUCUUCGUUUCCUUGAUGUUACCUGGCAACAUGGAUUAGAACAUAAGCUCAUACUGGAUCAACGAUUCCGUGACGAUACAGAGUUUUGGUCCCAGGUAGCAUCGGUAGCGUGCUCGGAUCUUGGGCCACUUCCAGUAUUCGAUGCAGAGGAAUAUGUGUACAUCGACGGCAUUCGACACUCUACGAUGCAUGAGACCGUCUCAUCUCAUUCGUAUCGCAUUGUUGCUAAGGCAUACGCUCUUCAUAUCCUUGGCCUUGACAUCGGCCAGUCAUAUACCAAGGAUACACCAUCUAAGAAGUCUACAAGCUUCAAGAGUAUGGAGGAUCGAUUUAGAUCGGAAGACGAGCUAACUGAUCUUUUGUCGGAGGCUGUGGCAAGUUCCUAUCGACCGGAGUUAUUCGAUGAUUUGGAGGAAAUGUUGAAGAACGACUUCCCCGGUCUCACAGUCGCCCAACUUCAAUCCCGGGAUCCUUUAGAGGAUCGUGAAUAUGGUGACGAUUUUUCACUGUCGGCAUCUUUAUUACGCAGUCGUCUCAAAGGGUAUCACAACGCGGAUGCCAUGGUUGACCCCGUUGAAAAGGCCGAACAACAGCUUCUUUCAAUCAACCUGAAUCAGUCCUUGUCACACAGUCAAAUGCGACUCACUGAGAGCACCCGGUUCCUGCUGAGCCAGGUUAGCCCUUACCUUCGUGGUGACGCGGCAGCCAGGCCAAUUCUCGUUUCAAUUGCUUCGUCAAUAUCCUAUGAUCUUGCACGAGAAGCGCGCCUCGGUGAUAUGGUAGCCACUAUCCAUGGAAAGCGUUUGGCUCUACUCCUUGCCAUUCUGGAAGUGGCGUGGUUCUCCACACCAGAGAAACAGGCUGACGUUAAAUCGUUCGUUGAAUUGGUCGAUAAUGUGCGAGGAAUCAUCCUGAAUGAAUAUCAGCUCCCAUCGACAUCUUUUCUCGGGUCGCUCACGGUUCCGUUCCAUCACACACUCUUGCAGAUAUUAUAUUUCUGCGCCAAAAACUCUAGAGCGCUUGUUCGACGACCAAAGCUUCUAAACGCGGAUCAACGAUUGACGCUCUCCCAGAUGAUCGAAGCGUCCUUGAAUACUGUCAUCGACGCGAUGCGCGUAGUGCUUGCUGCCGCAAGAAGCAGAGCUGACGUGGAACUGGAUCGAGACCUCGAACUUUUAGUCUCUGUAUUCGAACAAUGUUCACGGCACGACAUCAAUCCUUCACCCUCUAUAUGGUUAGCCAAAUGCCAGGAAACAAAUAUUGUGACAGCCAGUUUGCAGCUUUUUGCGCGUAUCGACCUUGUCGGUCUCUCAGAUUUGCCUCUUCUAAUCACGCGGCACACCCCACUCUACGUUCCACAUCUACUCUUAUUCCACAUGGCGCUUGCGAGUAUCCCCUCGGCCGCGGAGAGACUAGCUAGCGGCGGUGUUCUCGCUGCCUAUAGCAAUAACAUGAUUAGCCCAGCUAUCAGCGCUGGGUCGAUUGAUGUCGAUAUAGCAGAGCUGACCGGAGAACGCAGUCCCGCUCAUUAUGUGUAUUGCUCUAUGGUGGCGGUAGUGUCAGGUGUGAUAGGUGCUUUGGGAAGUAACAGUCACUAUUUUGAUGCGGAAGCCUGUGGAUUGGUGCAGCUGUAUAGCGACCAGAUCACUCGUGCGUUAUCAUGGAGUGUCGGAGACGUUAUCUCUCUGCCGCUCCUCGAAGAAAUUGAACAAGUCGUCCAUCUCUUCUAUUCUAUUGCAGAAAGCAGUCCUCCGACCCCCAAUCAGAAUGCAAUGGUCGAAAAAACUCUCAGGCUAUUCACACAUCACGCACUGCAUUUGUUACAACAGCUCAACUAUGCUAUCACACAUCCCAACCAGUUGGCUAGCUUAUUUGAGCCUGUGACAAAAGAGGAGCAAACAUUGGUCGACAAGGAUCCUCCUGCUUCUGAUCCUUUGAAGCGACCGCUCGUCGUGCAUCUGGUGCAUCGACUUUAUCGACUGUCGAGCAACAUCAUCGCCACAUUGAUUAGCAUCAGUCAAGCGUUCACUGUAUUGUCAGGAGAGCAAGAUGAUUGGCCCGUUCAAGAAGCUUUCGUUGUACCGCACUCGAAAGUAGUGUUAGGCGAGCCCGCAUCCCUGGGAACCCUGCUAGAGCUAGGCAACUCUACUUUAGACCUGCUGAAGGAGCUAGUCGGACUACCACCUGGCCAGAGUCUUGUUGCUAUGGGUGCUGUUCUAUCAAGCAAAUAUGGAAAUACCCUAGAUGUCCGGCAGGGAGUUAUCACGGCACGGCGCAAUCUUGAAGGGAUUUUGAUUUACGCAGGCACUCAGCUUGCUAUGUGGCUUUCGAAGCCAGACUUUGAAGCCACCAACGAUGUGGACAUGGAUGAACCCGACAUCCCUAGACAAGACAAAGAGCGAAGGGUGCCUCGUCCUUCUCUGACGGUGGCCGACCGCAUGAGACGCGGGAUGACUGGAGAAAUGGCGGCAGACUUGCAAUCAUUAUUGACAAAAUCAAGGGAUGUGAUCAAGAGUACUGACGCUGUUAUUGGCGCUCCAGGCGUGGAUGUAAUUCCUCUGUUGUCCACUUUUAUUCACGAAAGAAUUUCUCCGCCCGUAUAAGCCUGACCUUGACGCAUCCCAGCCAAUGUUGUGUAGUAUAGUUUAAAAAGUAGCGUAACUGUGGCGAAUCAUCAAUUUUAGCAGUAGCUUUUGGAACAAGGGCCUGGAACAGAAUGCUUGGACCCGGACAAUUACGGGCGGGCCUGCCGGCUAAGAAGCGGGGC